ACAUGUAUGGUCAGUCUAACACUGGUGAGGCAGAAGAGUCCCUGAGCCCUGAUGAAGGUGGCUGUUGCCUUGCUGGGACAGGGAGAGGAGAGCCAAGAGGAGCAGCCCAGGGAAAGGUGCUUAUCGAUGAGCUGGGGAUGCUGACGUCAGGCAGUGCUGGCUGUGAGACUGAGGCUGCAGGAGGUCUGAGCUCUAACAUUAUCUGCAGCUUUUCAGCAGCAGCAGCAGCCUCAGCACAGAGCCAGGAGCAUCACUUGUGGAGGAGAGAGGGGACCUCCAGCCAGGAGUCACGCACAGCUAUUGUAUCCAAGGGGAAGGAGGGGGAAGAGAGAGGGAGAAGGGAGAGCUCAUCAAGUCAUGCAGGAUUGACUGCAUAGGGGAAGGUAAUCGAUGGCAAAGCUUUGAAUCUGAAUUAGCCUGGAAAGCAAAAGGAGAAGAAAGGAGAGGAGGAGGAGGGGGGCAAUACACGGAAUCUGGUGAGGAAGAUGGAGCUCACAAUGGAGAAUUUAGGGAACCUACACAGUGUGACCCACUCUCAGGCUGGGGAGAUAAUGAGCUCCUCGCACAGCAGGCAGCCAUCCCACAGGAACCUGGUGUCCCAUGGCCGGCCUGCUAUGGUAACCAGCAUGACUUCCAUCCUGGACGGAGGGGAAUACAGAUCUGAGCAUCUCGGCGGCCCAUUGCAUCCAGCCAUGAACAUGUCCUGUGAAUCCCCAUCAGGGAUGAGCCUUAGCAGCACCUACACCACUCUAACCCCUCUCCAGCACCUGCCGCCCAUAUCCACGGUAUCUGACAAAUUCCACCAUCCGCACCAUCACCACCACCAUCAUCAUCACCACCAGAGACUCGCCGGCAACGUGAGCGGCAGUUUCACCUUAAUGAGGGAUGAGAGAGGGCUGGCAUCAAUGGGAAACCUCUAUGGCCACUAUCCAAAGGACAUGACAACAAUGGGGCAACCGCUGUCUCCGCUUUCCAAUGGCCUGGGCACUUUGCACAACUCACAACAGUCCCUGGGCCCCUAUGGCCCAGGAGGACACCUGAGUAAUGAAAAAAUGUUAUCACCCAACAGCUUCGACUCCCAUGCUGCCAUGCUUUCCAGGAGUGAAGACCACCUGACCAGGGGCUUGGGUGGCCCAGGUGCUGGCAUGAUGCCACCUUUAAAUGGAAUGCACCCACAUGGCCACCACCACGUCUCAUCCAAUGGCUCCCUCCUGGGUGAUAGAGAAAGGCAGGCGUCCACCUCUGGUUCUCAGGCUGGAGGCAAUGGUCAAGUAGAGGAAAUUAAUACCAAAGAGGUGGCUCAGCGGAUCACCGCCGAACUGAAGCGAUACAGCAUCCCACAAGCCAUCUUUGCCCAGAGGAUCUUGUGCAGGUCACAGGGAACCCUGUCCGAUCUCUUGAGGAAUCCAAAACCUUGGAGUAAGCUUAAGUCUGGGCGAGAGACCUUUAGGAGAAUGUGGAAGUGGCUCCAAGAGCCUGAGUUUCAGAGAAUGUCUGCUCUCAGGCUGGCAGCUUGUAAACGCAAAGAACAAGAACAGCAAAAGGACCGCAACCUUCAGCCAAAAAAGCAAAGGCUGGUCUUCACCGACCUUCAGAGACGGACCCUGAUUGCGAUUUUCAAAGAAAAUAAGCGUCCAUCCAAAGAAAUGCAGAUUACCAUCUCUCAGCAGCUAGGCCUGGAGCUUAACACGGUCAGUAACUUCUUCAUGAAUGCACGUCGAAGGUGCAUGAACCGGUGGCAAGAAGACCCAGGGUCAAAUCCUGGAAUACCUUCUGCAUCCACAAGCACUUUCUCCAAAGCAUGAGUUGUCAUCUUUUCUAGGAAAUCCCCAGUUGCAUCAGACAAAACUUUGAGAAAAUAACAAAUAAAACAGUAAAUAAUUCCUCUAAAGAAAGAACCAAAGAACAUCUACUUAAAAAGGAAAGGAAAUAAAACUGCUGCAGAAGACAAAAUCAAGGCGCAACAUAGCUCCCUAUAAAAUAAGGUUAAGGGAGUUGUAAAAUGGAGAGAAUCAAUACAACAUUAUGAAUUAUGGUGGAAAAAAUGUGCUGGACUCAAAAUAUGCAAUUUUUAAAACAGAAAAUUCAUUCAUAAUUUUCAUUAACAAAAGUGGCUGUCAUGACUUCCUUAUACUUUAUAAAUAUAAAAAAGUAUUAGUCGUCUACGAUCUAUAAGGAAAUUGAACAAUAAAUAAUAAGAGGACAGCUAAAACUAGAGAUUCUACAAGCACAUUUUAACCGGAUAAGACAAGCUUCCUGUUAUUGACUUUUAAGUUAAUUUUUAUGGAGAAAGUGGCCAAACUGCUAUAAUUUAGAUCCAUAGUACUUCAAACCACCUCAGAAAGCAUCACAACACAGAUCUACAACAGAGGAAUUUGUUUAAACACUAUUUCAUUAUUAAAGUAUU